AUGACUGCCACACAAAUCUCAACAGUACCAGCCCAACAUGCCUACCCUCAUCUCGGGCGAUCUGACAAGGGUUCAGUGCAGCUUAUUGUCAAAGGGAAGCCAUUCCUGAUGCUUCCUGGCGAGCUUCACAACUCAUCGCUUAGCUCCGCCAAGUUUAUGAGUGAGGUUUGGCCAAAAAUGAAAUCCGAUCAUAUCAACACAUUGCUUGGUUCAGUGACAUGGGAAAUGAUCGAGCCCAAGGAGGGCCACUUUGACUUCAGUGAACUUGAUUUGGUUCUGAAAGGCGCCAGAGAGCAUGACAUGCACCUCGUUCUGCUCUGGUUUGGUACAUACAAGAAUGGACUUUCAACAUAUGCCCCAGGAUGGGUCAAGAGAGAUCCCAAGCGGUUUCCCCGCGUUCAAGUUCUUGAAGCUGGUGGCGUCAAAAGGACACUCGAGAUGAUCACUCCUCUAUGCAACGCUGCGUGUGAGGCUGACUCUCGAGCUUUCGCUGCCCUUUUACGGCAUCUUGAAGAGGUUGAUUCACAUCAUCAGACUGUCUUGAUGGUCCAGGUUCAGAAUGAGACCGGAGUGCUCGGCGAUUCUCGGGAUCGAUCGAACCGCGCCAAUAGAGCCUUUGCUGAACCCAUUCCAAGUGAUCUCCUACAAUAUCUGAGCCGCGUCGAUACCCACUCCAGAUUCAAGAAACGGAUCUCAAGCGUUUCCUCAUCAGGUACUCAUUCAUGGGAAUCCCUCUUUGGGUCUGGAACAGCAGCCGAUGAGGCCUUUAUGGCGCAUUUAAUCUCCUCUUACGUGGGACGAGUCGCUGCUGCAGGAAAGGCCGAGUAUCCUAUCCCUCUGUACACAAACACAUGGCUCAACAUUGAAGGGCAGUCGGAGCUGGACUUUGGCGGAGGCGCGCCAGUUGUGGUUGGUGGCGGUGACAAGCCUGGAAUUUACCCAUCCGGAGGUCCUUGCCCGCAUGUUUUGGAUAUCUGGCGAUUUAACACGCCUUCUCUGGACCUACUAGCACCGGAUCUUUACUUCCAUGACUACGAAACUGUCUGCCGCAAUUACACAGAACAGGGAAACACUCUCUUUAUCCCGGAACAGCGACGUGAUGAAUAUGGAGCAAGACGCGUCUGGUUAUCCUACGCGACUUACGGUGCUCUUGGGGCUAGUCCCUUUGGCAUUGAUACUGGCUCUGACAUCAUUGGACGUGAGUUCAAGCUUCUCGACCAGACUAAGCAAUUUCUCCUGGAUGCUGCACCCGAAGAUCGUUUUGGCUUCUUUUUUGACGAAGAGCCAAGCGAGAAGAAGCCGGAGCAGUGGACUCGCACAUUCGGCGACAUCAAAGUCAUUGUUGAGCGCUGCUUCGUCUUUGGAAAGCCUGGUCCUGGUGCUGGAAUGAUUAUUCACAUGGGUAACUCCAAGUUCCUCCUUGUCGGCCGGGGCUUUCACGCACGAUUCAAAGCAGCUCGCAAGGAUGCAACAUUUGGCGGGAUUCUCUGGGGCGAGGAGAAGGAGGUUGAUGAGAAUGGGAGCCUACAGACAUUGAGGAUCUUAAAUGGAGAUGAGACGAGGCACGGCGAAUUCAUGAUGAUGCCCAAUGAUGAUCCCGAUUAUGGCGGCUUUCCUAUUGCUGUUACGCCUGGAGCGAGUACUUGUAUUGCUGAGGUGGAGGCCUAUUGGAUUGCCGAGGAUGAAGAUGACAGAUAA